UGACCCAGUUUUUAGAGGCCUAGUUUAUCGAAGGUCAAUCUUGGAAAUAUAUAUUCAGUGCUACCUUUGAUCAAGGUGGACUACAGCUUUAGUGAGCAUUACUUAAUGCAAUAAAGUAGUAUGAUGAAGUGGCUAAAUAAAAAGUUAAUAAAUUAUGUUGCUAAGAGAGAAUGAAACUUAAUAACUUUCCAUUAUAACCUACAGGAUAUUGAAAUUUACGUCAUCAACAUGGCGUCUUCCAGUGCUAUCGCAUCCGAUGGUGGACUGCUCUCAAAACUGUUAUCAUUCAUAGAACAUUUUAAACCACGAGGGUUAUUAAUAAGCAAGGCCGGGGAACCAGGAUAUGCGCUGGCACAUCCCGAAGAAGUGAAAAUCAUCCAAGGACUACAGAGACACGAACUUAUUGCCAAAUUAAUACACAGUCUAAUUGGCGUUUCUGUGACACUGAUCGCCACAUAUUUUACUGUAAAAUGGUUGAAAAACGUAUUAGAUCCAACAAGUUCGGAUAAGGAAAAGGCUCUCCAGAAAGCAAAAGAUCUUAUGAAGAAAAUUGGAGUGAAGGAAACAGUGAAGUUAACAGAUUAUGAAUUAUGUGUGGCUGCCAACCUUGUGGAUUUGUGCAGCAUUGAGAUGGACUGGACAGAUAUUGGUGGUCUUCAAGAAGUAAAAGAAGAUAUUAGAGAAACAGUGAUUUUCCCUUUCAAGAGACAUGAUUUGGUGAUGGGGUCUAGUUUACUGAGAGCUCCAAAGGGUGUGCUGCUGUACGGGCCUCCAGGAUGUGGGAAGACUAUGGUUGCCAAAGCAAUGGCUAAAGAAGCAGGUGCAAGAUUCAUAAACCUCCAGAUCACAUCUCUGCUUGAUAAAUGGUAUGGAGAAUCACAGAAGCGUGCAGAAGCAGUGUUUUCUCUGGCCGUCAAGAUUCAACCAACCAUCAUUUUCAUUGAUGAAAUAGAUGCAUUUCUGAGGUCAAGAAACUCGAGUGAUCAUGAAGCUACAGCUCUAAUGAAAACCCAGUUUAUGACAUUAUGGGAUGGCUUGGUGACAGACCCUAACUGUAGGGUGAUGAUUAUUGGUGCCACAAACAGAGCCUCGGACGUAGAUCCUGCAAUAUUGAGGAGAAUGCCCAGCAUGUUUCAUAUUGCAAAACCUGGUCAAAACCAGAGGAAGCAUAUUCUGGAAAUCAUAUUGGCAGAUGAAGAGUUGGACUCUAGUGUAGACCUUACUGAAGUUGCCAAGCUUACCAAUGGCUUCUCUGGAAGUGACCUACGAGAACUCUGCAGGAAUGCUGCUCUAUACAGGAUUAAAGAAUACAUACAGGAAGAAAUUAGACGAGACGGAAUGGACAGUACCAGCACCUUCCCAGAUGAAAACGGUUCACCUAGUCUUCGUAGGAUCAGUAUGGCAGAUAUAGAAAAAUCACUGGAAAAGAUGACAAACUGCACUCAUAUUCAUGGAUUCCAACAGACAAACUUUCACUUAGAUUAAGAUCAACUGGUAAAUGUCUUUUUCUUACAUGAUGCUGUAAUAAGUAUUGUUCCCAAAAAAUUGUCUUCCUGAGUUUCUGUCAUAUUUAUGUAUGCUGAAAGCUAAAUUAUGAUUGUAAAUGUAAAUACCACAAAAUCUCUAAUAUCCAACCAUGUUGAUCUGCUGCGUUGUCAACUACACAAAAUUGACAAAAUUGAAAAAGAAAACUGAAUGUUGUUUACGUGUUUAAGUAAAAGCUGCGAGAACUCUGCAGAAAUGCUGCUCUAUAUAGGAUUAAAGACUACAUACAGGAAAAAAUUGGAAGAGAUGGAAUGGAUAGUACCAGGUAUGCUUUCCAGGAUGUAUACAUGUUGCCAUCACCUGAGUCUGUCUGUGUUUCCAGAGCAGAUGUCAAAGCCAUAUUCAUUUCUUGUUUUUUCCCAAAUGUUGCUGUUUUUGUUUCAAGCUCACUAGGAUUAUUCACUUGCCAAAAAAAAAAUAUAUUUCAUCAUUUUUGAAAAUGGACAUGCUCUUCUUGUUUUUUAGACUUUUUCCCUGAUAAAAAUUUUUAACUUGAUGGUUCAAAGUGCAAAUAAAUUUAUAUAUCUGUUUUUACUGCACCAGCAUAUACUGAGAAAAAUGUACAGUUUGACAGAUAUAUGUGAACAUAUACAAUAAACCGAAAUGAGUGUA